UAGAUUAUAGAAUAGAUUAUAGAAAUAGAUAUAAAUUAUAGAUUGUAGAUAUAGAUAGAUUAUAAAUAUAGAUUCAAAGUAAGUUGAAAAUUGAAGAAAAUUGUUGGCAUAAGAAUUGAAGGUAUGACAAAUGCAAGGAUGUAAGUAGAAAUAACUGUGAACUUCAACCUUCUCAAAAUAUCUUUUUCUAAUUAAAGACAAGUCUUGGUGCAAUAAUAAACCGUAACAUAAUUUAAACAUUAAUUUGUCAACAAGUGCUUUUCUCAAUUUGUGAUACCACCUGAGAUAGGAGUCUUCUUUUCGGAUUCUUUGACCUGAUCCAAUAAGACAACUAAGAAAUAUAUAGUGUCGUUUGAGAUUAUUCUAUCCCAUGUAUAUUUGGUGUGAUGUAUGAACUAAUUCCGAAACUAUUUUAUCCCACCAUUUAUAUUAAAUUGGUGGAAUUACUAUCGAUAUGGAGAGUGGAAUAAAAUAGUUUUUGGUGGGAUAUCCAUUGAGUGUAACACAGGACUCUGUAACUUCGCAAUUGGAUUUUCAAUUCAAAACUGACGUAUUACCUACCAGGAGAAUAAUAUAAAGCCUGAUCUUCCACAAGUACAAAGUUCAAGAUUUUAACUACAAUUCUUACCCUCUGGAAGCCACAGAGAAAACUAAGAUUUGAAAGUGGAAAAAGCUCAUUGACAUCCUCCACAAAAGUAUAGGAAAUAAAAAACCAAUAUGACACUUACAUUUUAUGUAUUUCUCUACUGCAUAUCAUCCUAAUAUUGUUUUGUAUGUUAUCAGCCAUUCAAGGAUGCACCAAUUGCACAGACGUAUAUUACAAGUCAAAGCAGUCUCGCACAAUCAGUCUCAGU